UCAGUGAGCAUGUUUUUGAAUACGUUAACCCCUAAAUUUUAUGUUGCUCUGACGGGUACAUCCUCCCUCAUUUCAGGACUUAUUUUGAUAUUUGAAUGGUGGUAUUUUCGAAAGUAUGGAACAUCAUUCAUUGAACAAGUCUCUGUAAGUCACUUGCGCCCUCUGUUGGGAGGUGUUGACAACAGCACACCAAGUAACUCGAAUACAAGUAAUGGAGAUGCUGACUCAAGUCGACAAAGUGUCUCAGAAUGUAAAGUAUGGCGAAACCCGUUAAAUCUCUUUCGAGGAGCAGAAUAUAAUCGAUACACAUGGGUGACAGGAAGAGAACCGUUAACAUAUUAUGAUAUGAAUCUUUCAGCACAAGAUCAUCAAACGUUCUUCACAUGUGACACAGAUCACAUGAGGCCAGCAGAUGCAAUAAUGCAGAAGGCAUGGCGUGAAAGAAACCCACAAGCCAGAAUUUCUGCUGCACACGAAGCAUUAGAAUUAAAUGAAUGCGCUACUGCAUUUAUUCUUCUUGCUGAAGAAGAGGCGACUACUAUUGUGGAGGCAGAGAAGCUGUUUAAGCAAGCACUUAAAGCUGGAGAAGGCUGCUAUCGGAGAAGUCAACAGUUACAGCACCAUGGUGCUCAAUAUGAAGCUCAGCACAGGCGGGACACAAAUGUACUUGUGUACAUUAAAAGAAGAUUAGCAAUGUGUGCAAGAAAGCUGGGCAGAACAAGGGAAGCAGUAAAGAUGAUGAGGGAUUUAAUGAAGGAGUUCCCACUGCUGAGCAUGUUCAAUAUUCAUGAGAACCUAUUAGAAGCUCUGCUGGAGCUCCAGGCAUAUGCAGAUGUGCAAGCAGUUUUAGCAAAGUAUGAUGAUAUCAGUUUACCAAAAUCUGCCACAAUAUGUUACACAGCUGCACUACUCAAAGCAAGAGCAGUAUCAGACAAAUUUUCUCCAGAAGCUGCAUCUCGACGAGGGUUGAGCACAGCAGAAAUGAACGCUGUAGAGGCUAUUCACAGAGCAGUGGAGUUUAAUCCACAUGUGCCAAAAUAUCUUCUUGAAAUGAAGAGUUUAAUAUUACCCCCUGAACACAUUCUGAAGAGAGGGGACAGUGAAGCAAUAGCAUAUGCUUUCUUUCACCUUCAGCACUGGAAAAGGGUAGAGGGAGCCUUAAACCUCUUACAUUGUACGUGGGAAGGGACAUUCAGAAUGAUUCCUUAUCCACUGGAAAAAGGUCACCUUUUCUAUCCAUACCCCAUCUGUACAGAGACUGCAGACAGAGAAUUACUUCCAUCAUUUCAUGAAGUUUCAGUCUAUCCAAAGAAAGAACUUCCUUUCUUCAUACUCUUCACAGCGGGCCUAUGCUCUUUCACAGCCAUGCUGGCUCUUCUCACACAUCAGUUCCCAGAGCUCAUGGGAGUUUUUGCAAAAGCUUUCCUGAGCACUCUUUUUGCACCCUUAAACUUUGUCAUGGAGAAAGUGGAAAGCAUACUUCCUUCCAGUUUGUGGCACCAACUUACUCGAAUCUGA